UUGCUGGUAGCAGUUAUAAUCCUCCUCAUCCUUAACUUAUAUCUCCCUUCUAGGACUGAUAUAAUAUUUUCGAGCGACCACGUUAAGGUGCAUUCGGGCCCAGAUACUGCAAAACAAACAACUCAAUCGACUGAGCCAGCUGACGAACCCGUUUACGAACCUACUUACGAAGCCAUUGACGAGCCCUCGGACAAGCUCUUCGACGAAGAGAUCGACGAAACAGUCUCCUUUUAUGAUGAAGAUGUCCUACAAGAAUUGUCCACGCAGAGAAUCACUGGGGCCGACAUUGGUGACGACCUUGCCACGCUAUGCAGCCAAGGCGACCGCGAGUGGAAUCCGAAUGUUGUCAUCGAGUGUCCUGUUUUCAACGGCGGCUUUGGCAACAUCCGAUUGAGCCUCUUGAACUGUCUCCGUUACGUCAUUGAAGCCAGAGUUUCCAUGAGGCUACCGAUUGUCAGCCGCCGCAACGCCGACGAUAUUUCGGACUACCUUACAAACGAACAUGUCGGACUCGAGUAUCUCAUCGACGAGCAACACUUGUGGCGUAGUCUUGAGUUACACUGCCCUCACCUCGUCAUUCGCCCGCCUGAUGAUGAAUCGUCGCGAAUCCAACACUUGGGCGAUAUAUCUCCGGUCCUCGAUAUGGGUCUCGAGAGAGACUUUGUAGAUGGCACAUUGGACGACUGGUCUAUCCCCACAGACCCUACACAAUGGCCGCCGGCCAUGGACGACUGGAUCCUGACAAUGACCAACGGAACGCCGCCAUCACCUCAGUCGCCGGUCUCCUUUUCAGUUCACGCCAUCAUGUUAUCCUUUCCUACAGCUUACGAUCCGCCCGCGCUGGUGCGUGUCAUGAGUGAACUCGUGCGUCCCCGGGAUGAGGUCAAGAUGUUGGCGGCCUCAGCGCUGCUGCAAAUGCAAGAAAGAUUCGACACACACAUCGACUUCCGCAAUAGCGAAGAGCCUUUCGUACGCGACAACGCUUUCAUUGGCGUUCAUCUGCGCGUCGAAAAGGACGCAAGUGAGGCCAAUUGGCUCUCGUACGAAGAGCAGCUCGGUUACCUGAAGCUGCGCCUACAUCAGCGUAAGGGUAGCAGCAAGCACCCUCCGGACACGGACUUGCCAGACAUUGGCAAGACUGUGCUAUACGUGGCGUCCGGUGACGAGGAUGGCAUUGCUACCCUUGCCGAGGAAAUCGCUCCCGUGACCGUCGUUACGAAGAACGACCUCCUCCCAGAGGGUACUUCUGCGGGUACUGCGCUCCGCAAAAUGACUUGGGACCAGCAGGCUCUUGUGGACAUGCUAGUACUCGAACACUCCGGCUACUUCAUUGGCGUGCGGGACUCUACAUUCUCCUGGCAUCUAGCGCUGAGGCGAGCUGCGGCGGUGAACUGGGUCAUCGGCGGCUAUCCCGAGUAUUGCUGGCUGGAUGACGAUGGCGAGGCGAGACCGCAGCGCAGGGCUGGAUGCAGGUCGCUACUUGCAGAAGAAGAGGAAUGGCGGGAUGAUUUGAGCGCAUUGAUUGGAAAUGGACACGAUAAACCAGACCCUCAAUGGGCGAAAACAGUCUGGCCGUGA